UUGCACCGGUUACACGGUGCACAGGCAUAAAAAAGGAAAAAUCUUUACCUAUUUCUUGGGAGAAGGAAAGAAGAACGAAACCCACGACCACCACCGCCACGACGUCCCCCGCCCAGAUUGAGAUUGAGCGACGAUCAGUACCGUCGCUCCAUAAAAUUACUGUCGGAGCAACUAACGCCGAAUUGAUUUUUCCUGUCUGCGGUGGUUCAAGAAUUGCCGCCGCCGGACUGCGGUUUCUAUCGGAGAAAGGACUGCAUAAACUGCCCGACUUAAGUUUAAGCUCGAGUUCAGCUUUCCAGUAGUCGAUCGCGCUGGACUUAGCUUAGCAGGUGUUUGAUAUGACGUAUAAAGUCCAAUAACUGUGGUGGACGGUGAAGAACAUUUCCUUAGCUGAAGGCUAACUGCAGAUGUGGACUAAUAUAUUCAAAAUCGGAGGUUUGCAUCAGAUAUCAUGGUUUCAGUUUAUUCCCAAUGACUUUGAAUUCAGUGCACUGUCUGAUAAGAGUGUUAAAGUGGACCAAAAAGAAGUAGCAAAUGAGGCAGUGCUUUCGGCACAUCUGCAAUUGCAGAAGGAAGAGCUUCUUAGCUCGUGGACAAAUUGUUUUAUGGGACCUUGGGACCCGUCCCAGGGCUUACAUAAUCCUGAUGAAAAAAUUAAGCUCUGGCUCUUUCUCCCAGGCCAGCACUCCUGUGUCAUUGAGAAUGCAAGGCCUGCUGUUGCUAGAUUGAGAGUUCUUGCAUCUGGGCUUUGGGUAGCCCCUGGUGACUCAGAAGAAGUUGCGGCUGCUUUGUCCCUGGCAUUGAGAAACUGUAUAGAAAGAUCUCUUAAAGGGCUUUCCUACCUGCGGUUUGGUGAUGCAUUUUCAAAAUAUCAUCCAUAUACCCAGAAUGAAGAAUUAUUUAGGCGGGGUCAACCUGUGGCAGAGUUUGUCUUUGCUGCUACGGAAGAAGCAAUAUUUGUUCAUGUUAUCAUAUCUGCUAAGCAUGUCAGAGCACUUUCAGGUAGUGACAUUGAACCAUUUUUCAGCAGCUCUAAGAGUUCAAAUGACCCUAUCCCGGUUGUGGUGUCUCCUCAUGGAAUGCGUGGGAAGCUCACAGGAUAUUGUCCUAGCGAUCUUGUGAAGCAAGUCUAUCUGAGCUCUGGGAAGUUUAGAGGUUCAAGUGGAAUUGUAGGUCUUCCCUAUCAUGUUACUCUAGGGUCUGGGCUACCUUGUCAACUGAAGGCCCAAAACUGCUAUGUUGAAGUGACUAUUGGCUGCCAUGAUAAAGCUGUAAAAAAUGUAAAUUUACAUGGAGACUUUCCUCAGACCAUGAGUACAGAAUCUCCAGCUAUCACUAGAGGUACUUCAAAGGGAUCUUCACCCAAACUUCCACAUUCGGAGAAAAUGUUUAUUUAUCCACCCGAGGCUGUCCUAGUUCCAGUUAUGCAGACUUCUUCUGCCAGAUCAUCUUUGAAAAGAUUCUGGUUGCAAAAUUGGGUUGGUCCAACAUUGUCGGGUUCAUCACUCUUUAUGGAUUGUUUUGACAGUGAUAACAAGGUUGAUUCUUUACACGAACCAAGUGCAAUUCAAUCUCAUCGUGGUUAUCGUAGCAGUAGUAACAGCAACAGUAGUAGCAACGGUAGUAUAAGCAGCUCUUCCACUGACACAGAUCAAAAGACAUUAGGUGCUGGCGAUUUAGAGGCAGAUGCGGACUCUAUAAUGUCACGGCAAUCUGGUUUAUCUUCAUUAGGUCAAGUGCAGAACAAUGGCCCCCAAUUGGGUUCUAAAAGGUCACGAGCAGGGGCUUCAGAUUCAUUUGGUCAAGCAGGUGUGGUUUUAAAUCCUUCAAUGAGUGAUUGUGGUGCCAUGGAAAACAAUGUGUCAGUUUCUGGGAUUGCAAGUGAACAAAUUGGAUCUCAUUGGGGAUGGGAUGAGGGUGAUAGCGGCAUCGGAAUGGAUAUUCAAGCACUGCUGUCAGAGUUUGGUGAUUUUGGCGAUUUUUUUGUGAAUGAUACAUUGCCUUUUGGGGAGCCUCCAGGGAGUGAAGAGUCUCAUGCUCCCAUGCCUCCUCCACCUGAAGGUGUUGAGUUUGGUAGCAGUCCCAGUAAUUCAAUGAUGGAUGUGUCAGAUCAGAUGCUCUUGCCUGGAGGUUUUACUACAUUUGAUAGCUUUAACACCCUCCAAGCCCCUGCUGCUUUGGAUGAUUUAUCGAGCAAAGAUCAAGAGGCCACAAAGAGUACUACUCCUCAUCAAGUUACUUCCAGUCUGCCAUCUUUCAGUACCGAGUUUGAUCAUGUUGUGAAGGCCGAAGCAUUGAUGACAUUUGCUCCAGAAUAUGGGGCAGUGGACACCCCUAAGAGUGAUAUCUCAUCUGUAAUUUUCCGAAGCCCAUAUAUACCAAAAUCUUGCAGAGUGGAUUCUGCUUCAAGCUCUAACAAUUAUAAAUACUCUGCAACACCACCGUCUUCUCCUUGCUGUGAUGGAUCUGAUGAGAAGUCCAUUUUGCCUGCAAGUAGGAAUGCGUGUGCAGAAAUUAAGGACUCUGGUGUUUUUUCAAAAUCAAAGAAAUAUUACACCCAUGUUGAAAGAGGGAAGCAUCGACUUGGCGGAAGUAGUGACAACUUUUCUAAAGGUGAGUUUGGAACUGUAUUGCCCCAGGUUUCUGUUUUUAGUCAAACAAAUGCCAAACCUGUCCAAACAGUAGCAACUGAAGGCUCAACAAGAGAAGAUAACAUUCUUUCAUCGUCAAGGACUGCCCUAGCUACAGAAAUUGAUUGUUUAGCGUGCCAAGCCUCCAUGUGUAGGCUACGGCAUACACUACUGUCCUCUAACCUAACUGGUGGCUUGGGUGGGUUGUCUGGAAGUAGUACUGCAAAUCAAACUCAUGUUGAUUCAAGCACUAUUAUUGAUAGUGUUUCAAACAAAUCUGAGUUGAAAAAGGAAAUCCUUCCCAUGCGAAUAGCUGGUGAUAUUGAUGGAGGAAUAAUGGAUGGUCCUUUGAGUGCACCUGUUGGUGUGUGGCUACCUGUUAGUAUGCCUAAAGUUACUAAAACGAGUACCUCAAGUAUGGAAGUUUGCUCUUCCAUGUCACAUAAGUCAUUUAUGGAAGAAAACAUGAUUUCCUAUGGACUACGAAAACCACUUCAGGAACUUCUUGAUGGCAUUGCUUUACUUGUCCAGCAGGCCACUUCAUUUGUUGAUGUAGCACUGGAUGCUGAUUAUGGUGAUGGCCCUUAUGGAUGGCUUGCACUUCAAGAGCAGUGGAGGCGGGGAUUUUCCUGUGGUCCCUCUAUGGUGCAUGCUGGUUGUGGGGGACUUUUGGCUUCUUCUCAUUCCCUGGAUAUUGCUGGCAUGGAGCUUGUUGAUCCCCUUGCAGCUAAUGUUCAGGCAUCUUUAACUAUAAGUUUGCUUCAGUCAGAUAUAAAAGCAGCCCUGAAAUCGGCCUUCAGAAGUGUAGAUGGUCCUUUAUCUGUUAUUGAUUGGUGCAGGGGUCGUAGCCCAUCCAGUGAAUCUGGAAUGACCUGUGAUGGAUUUUCUGCAGAGUCUGCAGCAAGUGUAAGUGAAGGUCGAGAUUCUUCUAGUAUGGUAGCACUUUCUGUUGGAGAGCCCAUGAGCCCUUCUCUGUCAACUGGUGGAGCUUCUUCCCACAAAGCUGAUGGAACCAGGGUGGAUGAAGCAGGUACUUCUCUGUCAGAGUUGGAUCAACAGACGGGUUCACAGUUUCGACCUACACUUGCUGUUGUUCCAUUUCCUUCCAUACUUCUUGGGUACCAAGACGAUUGGCUGAAAACAUCUGCUAGUUCCUUGCAACUCUGGGAAAAGGCUCCUUUUGAACCAUAUGCAACAGCCAAACAUAUGAGCUACUAUGUUGUGUGUCCAAAUAUAGAUCCUCUCACCACAGCAGCUGCAGAUUUUUUUCUGCAACUUGGAACUGUUUAUGAAACCUGCAAGCUUGGCACACAUGUACCCCAAAGUAUUGGGAAUGAAAUGGAGAUAGAUUCCGGGAAAACAACCCCUGGAUUUGUCCUUCUUGAUUGCCCCCAAUCGAUGAAGAUAGAUACCAAUAAUGCAUCCAUGUUGGGAUCAAUCAGUGAUUAUUUUCUCUGCCUUUCCAAUGGCUGGGAUCUGACUAGUUAUUUAAAGACACUGUCAAAGGUUCUCAGAACCUUGAAAUUUGGUUCAUCUGCAAAUGCCAAUGCCAAGGAAGGAAAUGGUGGACCGUGCACUGUUGUCUAUGUAGUGUGCCCCUUCCCGGAGCCUCUUGCAGUUCUACAGACUGUGGUUGAAUCUUCUGUAGCCAUUGGAUCAGUCGUUAGGUCUUCAGAUAUAGAAAGGAGAUCUAUGAUGCACAGCCAAGUAGCCAAAGCAUUGAGUUACCCUGCUAAUGUAGACGAGUCAAUUUCAAAUGUUUUGACUCUUACAGGAUUUAGCAUCCCAAAGUUGGUAUUGCAGGUUGUCACGGUUGAUGCUGUUUUUAGAGUUACUAGUCCCAUGUUGAAUGAGCUAACUGUCUUGAAGGAAAUCGCUUUCACCGUUUACAAUAAAGCCCGGCGAUUUUUCCGGGCCUCAGGUGAGACCACACAGUCAUUAUCCGUUCAAGAAAGAUCUCACUCUGUUAUGAUGCAAAUGGCCUCACCAGUUUCUGGUAUGUGGAAAGAUUGUGUCGGUGCUCGGCUUGUGGGGGCUCCUCUUCAAAGAGAUAGUGAGCUCGAUGCAAGCUUGAGACCGGGUGCUUGGGAAAGCUCAUGGCAAAGAAGUGGUGCCCUUGGAUGCGAUCCCAACAAACCCGGAGAUGCAUUUCCUCUGGAUGAAGUUCGAUGUUUGUUCGAGCCACUUUUUAUUCUUGCAGAACCUGGCUCCUUAGACCGUGGGUUGUCUCCAUUUUUGGGAAGUACAGUUGAUUCGUCGAAACUAUUAUCAGAUGAUUGUGCAAGCACUAGCUUUGUGCAGAGUUCUGCAGGAAGUGGCGACAAUGGCCCUGCCUCUCAGCCUGAUUCAAUGGAUUCAGACAGUUUUGCAUCUGGCCAUCAAAGAAAACUCCCGAGUCUUCACUGUUGUUAUGGAUGGACUGAAGAUUGGCGUUGGAUGGUUUGCAUUUGGACAGACUCGAGAGGAGAAUUGCUCGACAGUUUUGUUUAUCCCUUUGGAGGGAUCAGUAGUCGGCAAGAUACAAAGGGCUUGCAGUCACUAUUUAUUCAGCUAUUGCAACAAGGGUGCCAGAUUCUUCAGGCCUGUUCUCCCGAUGUUGCAAAGCCUAGAGAUCUCGUUAUCACCCGAAUCGGUUGUUUCUUUGAGCUCGAGUGUCAAGAGUGGCAGAAGGCCUUGUAUGCAGCCGGGGGUUCCGACAUAAAAAAGUGGUCUCUGCAAUUACGUCGAUCUCUGCCUGAUGGAAUCCCUGGCAGUAGCAAUGGCGGUUCUCUGCAGCAGCAGGAAAUGAGUUUAAUGCAGGACCGAACACUUGCUCCUCCUCCAAAUCCCUUAUACAGUUCGUCGCCCAAGGCUCCCACUUACAUGAAAGGUGGAGUCGCACAGUCGUCUUCCCGGAAGCAAUUACUGGCUGCGCAUCCAGCGCUGGACAAUUCGAAGGGCUUGCUGCAGUGGGUGCAGAGUAUCAGUUUUGUAUCGGUCUCUAUUGAUCAUUCCUUACAGCUUGUUCAUCAAGCAGAUUCAACAUCUCCCGCAGGGGCGGCGAGUCAAGGUAGUGCCACAUCGGGCCUAUCAGGCUACCUCGAGGGAUACACGCCCGUCAAGUCUCUCGGCUCAACUUCUGCUUCCUAUGUCCUGAUCCCGUCACCAAGCAUGCGUUUCAUGCCUCCCUCCAUUCUCCAGCUCCCGACAUGUCUUACUGCCGAUUCCCCUCCGCUCGCCCAUCUCCUACACAGCAAAGGCUCUGCAAUCCCCUUGUCCACCGGCUUUGUAGUAUCCAAAGCCGUACCCUCAAUGAGGAAAGAUCACAGAAACCAGUCGAAAGAAGAGUGGCCCUCGAUACUUUCUGUCAGUCUAGUCGACUACUACGGAGGCAAUAUUUUCAGCCAGGACAAGUUAGUGAAGGGUGUCGUCAACAAACAGACAGUAAGCCGGGGCAUGCCUUCAUCCGAGGCUAAAGAUUUCGAGGUUGAGACACACAUAAUCCUCGAAGCAAUAGCCGCCGAGCUCCAUGCCCUGUCGUGGAUGACGGUAAGUCCUGCGUAUUUGGAAAGGCGAUCCGCCUUGCCUUUCCAUUGUGACAUGGUUCUGAGACUCAGAAGACUCCUACAUUUCGCGGAUCAGGAACUGUCGAAGCUUCCGGAUAAGGCACAGGUGUAGUAAUAUAAGAUAAAUCCAAUCCUACCACAGUGAGGGAUAGUUUUGUUGUCCAUGUCAUGCUCAUCAGCAUAACUUAUUUUGUUAGUUUUAGGGUUGGAACUCGGUGGAUGAAGUGAGGAAGACUUGUUUGUGCUUAUUUAGGUUAGAACUGAACGUCAGCAGCAGUGUUGCUGUUGAUUAUGGUAGAAAUUGAUGGUCAGGAUAUAUAGCUUAUAUGAUUGAAGAAAUCUCACUUACUGCACAGUCAAUCCAAGUGUGUAAAUAAUAUUUAUUGGAUUUAGUUGGUAUUAUCUGGUUAA